ACCACAGUAAUAAGCCAAGACAAACGGACGUACUGUAAUGUCUAUCACCUGAUUGGUCUAAUCGGCUGAUCGGCUCGUUUCGGCCGCGAGUGGCAAACAAAAGUCUCAAGCCUCCAGUCCCACCACGUCACCACCACCUGGGCUCCAAAAGAUUAUUUGGUCUCUUGUUUUCAACCUGACCUCACACACAUCCAUACACAAUGUCCUGCUCUGGCGAUCCAUCGAACUGUUCCUUCUGUGGCGAUAACAGCAACUGCGCCAAGGAUGAAGUGACUGGAUGCAGUACAGACACUCAACACUGUACCGUCUGCAAUGGCAAGGGAUGCGUCGCUAAAGCAUGCACAGGCGACAUCAAGACAUGCUCCGUCUGCAUGGGUAACUUUUCAUCUUGCCGCAAGGCUGAAGUGUCCGCGACGGAAGGAGUCGAGAAGGCUGGAAACAACGCUCAAGCUUGAAGUGAUUCAUGAUAAAGCUCGUCAGUCAUAGUUGAUGUAUGUACAAAUUGCAGUGUUACAACAGAAAUCAG